GAGCUCAGCGCUCAGCGCUCGUUUCCAGAGGACGAGCAUAGCAGUCCUGCCUCGAUAAGAAGCUUCUCUCGGACACCUCAACCCUACCAUCUCCAUCGGUUAGAGAUUCCGCACGACCCUCCGUCCACCCACGAUCACGAGGGACAAACCGACCCGAACGAGAAGAGAGGAGGAAAUCCGGAAGUUGGACAAUCCCAACAUGACUGGGACUCGCGCCGGGCCGCCCGAUCAUCAAGCGACAGCGGCACGGAAGCGGACGAUGAAAGCUCCAGCUACAUAAAAGCUCUGCCACCUCCUCCGGCGCGACCUAGAAAAGGUCUCCGUCAUGGCCCUGGAGACCCUGGGAACUCGGGGGACGAGAGUCUUACUCCGCCGAGGACACCCAUGGAAGUUGAGAACCACGAUGUCAAAGUCCUUGACUAUUUCACCCGAACCGCCAACCAGAAACGGAUCGCUGAAGAGAGUGCCGCUGCGGCGGCGAGGGAGAAGUUCCUGAGGCGGCGUCGUAUUGAGUUGCUUCGAAGAGCCACCGAAGUUUCCUGGGUUUUUCUCAUGGCCUUAGCAGUAUAUUGGAGGGAGAAGGACACGAUUUCUUUACAGCUAAGCCGCACUGAACUAUUUACAUACGUUCUGCUUAUCUAUGCCGUGUACACACUCUACCCCAGUCGUCUCAUUCAUCAUUCCAGCAAGCCUUGGUGGCCAGUCUUGCCAAAACUCAAAGAUAGCAUCCGGGUGCCUUCAGCAUUCGAUCCGGCUCCAUUACUGUAUCCUGUCAUACUUCCGGUACUAGUAGCUAUGUCGCUACAUGUUCAGCAUCCGGGUGUCCUUAUUCCCAAUAUCGUCCUUGGACUCUCUUCUCUCCCUCCUCAAAUAGUCCCAGCGAUCAGUGCUUCGGAGACUAUCCCUUAUUUUCAUUGGAUCCUGGCUGUGUUACCACUUGUAGCAAGGAACCGUGGUUUAUACUACUCGGUCGCCUCCGGAGCGGAUGGAGGACCAUUGCAUAUUGUGGACACUCAACGGGACGAAUUGCUCUCGAUGCUGUUUCCCCUCCACUAUACACUUCUCAAACCGCUGGCGUAUCUGACGGCUACAAGCCUUCUCUCUUCCGAGCUGCAACUACUUUCAACAGCAUUGAUCAACCUCCUCCUGUUCUCAAAAUCCCCGCAUGCCACAAUUUUGCGAAUAUUGCUAUGGGGCGGAGGUUUAAUUUUAUUCGUUCUUUGCAAACCGGUUAUCGUAUGGGCCAUUGCACUGGCUCGCAUACCCCGUUGGCGAUUCCGUCGUGCAGGAAGAGUUAUACAGGCGCGUCAAUACUUCCUAAAUAGGCUGCUGGGAUCCUUACGAGCAGCCUCCAAGGACCGGACUCCUCUGGCGAUGAAGCCCUCACUGGAUGACAGCGACAGCGAAGAAGCACACACUCCCCAGAAAUAUAUGGGCAACACAAUUGCAGCCCUCGAGCUUGAGAUAGCCAAUCGAGUUCAAACCAAACUCGGAGCCUUCGAGGGCGACGCCGAAACCAAAUCCGCAGUGGAAUCAACCCGGGGGAACGAUUUUUUCCCCAAAGCUGACCUUGCGGAUAUUAAGAGGCAACGGCGGAAUACCGCGCCGAAUAUGAAAGGCAACCAAUCGCCUGCCAUUCCUGUUCGAACCAAAAAACAUCAGAGGUCACGCAGUCUUUAUAAGUCCUUUCUGUCACUUACACCCCAGCAAGCGGUUCAUCGCAAGUGGAUGUACGCGUGCUAUGUCUACGCAGUUAUUGUCCUUACGAUUCUUGGGCCGAUUCGAUUAUGGGUCCAGCACGAGGCACUUGAUGGCCACGAGCCGUUCGGCUGGGCGAUUGGUUACCUCUUCGGCAAUAUCCGUGCCGUUCGGUUCUCAGUCAUUGACUGGAAUUUGGAGCGCUGGAUUCCACUUUCACCACUUGAAUCUUCGACCCCCACCGAAGAGUCGUUUGGAUUUGCAGAAAAAAUUCGAGCUGGAUAUGGAUUGGCAAACGUGCGGCUUGUUCUCAGUGUCUACUUGCUAUCGAUACUAGGUGCAGGGCUCUUGGUCGUUUUGCGGCUUUCCAGUUCCGUGGAAGUAGACACGCGACGGAAAGUGUUCCACGGCACCAUGGUCGCCAUGUUCCUCCCCGCGAUCUACAUCGACCCGUCCUUCUGCGCGCUUGCGCUAGGCCUUGUCCUCUGCAUCUUCCUCCUCCUGGACGUGCUCCGCGCCAGCCAACUCCCACCGCUGUCGAAACCCAUCGCCUCGUUCCUCACUCCUUUUGUGGACGGUCGAGACUUGCGAGGGCCGGUCGUGGUCAGCCACUUAUUUCUCCUGAUCGGCUGCGCGACUCCGUUGUGGCUGAGCUUGUCGGGGAUGCAAACGGGCGGCGUGGAUCCGUGGAAAGGCUGGGAGGUCAAAGGGAGUGAUUUAAGUAUGGUUACAGGGGUGAUAUGCGUCGGGCUUGGGGAUGCGGCGGCAAGCCUGGUCGGUCGGCGUUUCGGAAGAACUAAAUGGCCGUGGACUGGCGGGAAAAGCAUUGAGGGGAGCGUUGCGUUCGCCGUAGCGGUUCUUAUUGGCCUUGCUCUUAGUCAAUUCUGGCUGGAUGUUGGCCAGUGGAAGACAGGGGGCGUUGACUGGGCGUCUUGGAUUCCGAAGGCUGCUACGGCGGCUUCGGGUGCCAGCUUCACGGAAGCUGUCCUCACAGGCGGGAAUGAUAACGUUGUGGUUCCGGUCGUACUGUGGCUUUUGGUUCGGGCUUUGGGUAUUUGA